UUCUUGAUUAGGUUCUCAUCGAUUUUUACUUUCGUUAUUAAAUAGUUCAGAUAAAUGUGUGGGAUUUAGGUGAUAUGCUCUGAAUUCUUUUCCGGUUUAUCGUUUGAAAUAAGUAGAAGAAUAUUAAAUGGCAACUGCUUCUGAUACAACUUUGGAAUUUUUCACCAAAGCCUCCCCCGCACAAUGGACUUAUAUAUUCACAAAAUAUAAAGAUGUAUUAAAAGCGAAAGCCGCUAAGCGUACAAAAAAAGGGGGUCCUGAAGAAUUAAUACGAAUGGAUGCAUGGUAUCAAGAGCAAUUACCUAAGCUGAUACAUUCCCGUAAAGAGUUAUACAUUACUCACGAAGAACUUGUUCAGUUAACUAAAUGGAAGCUGAUGAGGGAGAAAUUUCGUCCCAAUUUGAUUGACUUGGUUCGAAUAAAUACUGAGAAAGCUGUUGUAACUCAUAGUAAGAAGGCAUUCAAGAGACUUCCCAAUUUAUCUGGAGCUAUUGCUAUGCUGACAUGCUUAAAGGGUGUGGGUCCUGCUUCUGCAUCAGCUAUUUUGGCUGCUGGCUAUCCUGAUCAGGCACCAUUCAUGGCUGAUGAGAGCAUGCUAUCCACUCCUGGCGUUGAGACCAUGGAUUAUACCGUUGCAGAGUACAUGAAUUAUGCCAUGCAGCUCAAGAAGAAAUCAGAUUACCUCAAUAGUAAAGAUCCAAGCCAGGAGUGGAACCCUCACAAAAUAGAAUUAACAUUAUGGGCCCAUUUUGUCGCUGGUGAACUUCUGCCAUCUGUGCUGAACGAUCUACCACCGGCAGAGGACCUUCCACCCUCACCUGGUGUGGAAAAAGAAGACGCCAACAAAAACCUACCUGAUGAGGAUUCUGUGGAUAGCUUUGCCAGCAGAGAAGAGGAAUAUCCAUUCCCAUCUGAUUCUAAGGAACAGAAAGACAAUGGCCUUGAGCCAUCUGCUAAAAAACUCUGUGUAUAAUAACUUUCUACAUUUUAAUCUCAUUCAUUUCUCUUGGAACAAAUCUGAGUGUAUACUGUUAUGUUAUCAAAUGCUCUUUUACUGGGUUCAUAAUCUUAAUUAUUUAAUUUUAAAAUGAAGUCAAGGAACUCAAAGCUGUACAUUUAAAAUUAAAAACACAAUAAAAGCUCGACUAUAGGGAAAUCGACUGACUAAAAAUCCUCGAGUGACCGGAAUUUUCCAGAACUUUGUAAAUUUUUUUUCUAAAGGUGAGUUGGAACAUUAAAGAAUACACUGUAAAAUACCACAUCUGCUCUCUAUAAAUACUCCUCUCCUUUAAGACAGUAGAAAAUUUUUGUGGCAAAUUCUCCUUCAUUACUGAUUUAAAAAGAAGGAAAAAGUAAGUUCACCCAAUCCUGUCAUGAAGUUUCAAUUGCUGAAAAAAGACACUUCAAAAUACAAACUAAUUAUUAGAAGAGAACUUCUCCGACCCUCACUUAUCUCAUAAUUUAUUUUCAUUUGUAUAUUUUUCAAACUUCAUAGUUUGCUCUAGGUUUGUCUGAACUCAGUUUUUCUGCUUUUUAAUGAAGGAAAAAGAGAAUUAGCAACGAAAAUUUUCUUCCACGUCCUCUUAAUUUUACUCAAUUGCAAACUAGCAUUUAGUAGUUCAAAAAAGGCACUACGUCUUAGUUAUUACCAUUCUUUUUCUUUAGUAAUUUUUAUGGACAACUUUUUAGUUUUUCUCUUUUAUCAUUAUUUUUUAAUUAAAAAAUGAGUCUUGUACUCAAGCAUUCAGAAUUUCUAUCUAAUCCUAUAUCCGUGCAUAUAAUAUACAUAGGUGGCCGAGUGAUUAGCGUGCCUGGAUGUGGGUUCAAAUCCUGCUCUGAACAUGGAUGUUUCUAUUUCUCUCUGUUGUCAUCUGAUAUAUAUCUGACGGGUAUUUUUGGCAUGGGUAAUGUUGCUCGUCUCCGUGACUUUGGUUUACAGGUGCCCACUGGAUAACGAUAAAUGAGCAACACUUCUGGCAUCUUCUAAGGCGAAGAAUGAAAGUUCAGUGCCUGCCGUUAUUAAAAAAUAAAUGAAAAAUAUAUAUAUACAUAUUCUCUUUUCAAUGUAUUCCAUAUAGUCAAGCUUUUACUGUGCUAAAACAAUUGGUUUAUCUUGAUAAUGAAGGCAAUUGUUGUGUAUUGGUAUUCAUAGAAAAUGUUAAACCACUUCCCCCCCCCCCCNCC